AUGUGUGCGUUGCACUGGCUCUUAUUGUCCGCAGUUGUGAAGGCAGCGAUAUAUCAAACCCGCUUCAACGGCACGACAUGGGACGAUGAGAACUGGCGCAUAACAACGACCAGCCUCGUUCAAGGCCAAUACCAAGAGCGCAUGUCGCUCGCGAAUGGCUAUCUUGGCAUAAAUGUUGCGGCAGUCGGUCCGUUCUUCGAGGUCGAUACACCGGUCGACGGCGACAACAUCAAUGGCUGGCCCAUGUUUGAUCGGAGACAGACGUUCGCCACUAUUGCUGGGUUCUACGACUCGCAGCCUCUUCUCAACGGAACGAACUUUCCGUGGCUAAACCAAUACGGGGGUGAGAGUGCAAUCAGCGGUAUCCCUCAUUGGAGUGGGUUGCACCUGGCAGUUGGUGGCGAGGUGUUGGAUGCAAGUGUGCCUUCAGAUGAGAUUUCUGGCUUCAGCUCGACAGUCGACUUCGCUGCUGGAGUCAUGACAUGGCAUUACACCUGGUCUCCAAGCAACGGUCCGGCGAUCGAUGUCGACUACACUAUGCUUGUGCACAAGUUGUACGUCAAUCAAGCUGCAGUGCAGCUCAAAGUCACAGCCUCAAGAGACGUGAAUGCGUCGGUCAUCGAUGUGCUUGACGGAGACUGUGCAGUGCGGACAACGUUCGUCGACAAGAUGUACGAGCCGGUACUGCCCAUGAUCUGGACCGCAGUAAGUCCCAAUGGUGUCAGCAAUGUAACAGCAUACGUUGUCUCUGCAAUGGUAGGCGACGAGUACUGCGACUCUGGUAGUCGGAUGAACUACACCAUGAGUUCGGUCAUUGGCGGCAACAGCUCAUCGAUUGCGCAAGCGAUGAAUGUCUCGCUCAUAGCCGGCCAAACUAGCACCAUUACCAAGUACAUUGGUGCAGCAUCUUCUGAUGCCUUCGCGGACCCGGCAAACACUGCGAUCAAUGCGACCUGGCAGGCUUCACACGAAGGCUUCACUAGCAUGCUCGAGUCACAGAUUGCGGAGUGGGCCAGCAUCAUGACGGAUGACAGUGUCGAUAGCUACCAUUUGAGCAACGACACGCUUCCUGAUGAUGCGAAUAUACUGGAGCUGCAGAUCACCGCUAUUACGAACGCAUACCAUCUGCUGCAACAGACGGUCGGCACCAAUGCAAUCAAUGCUGCAGGCAACAACACCUUGCUGGCUGUCAACAGCAUCGCUGUCGGUGGGUUGGGCAGCGAAAGCUAUGCUGGUCAAAUCUUCUGGGACGCAGAGGUCUGGAUGGCACCUGGCCUUGUAGUCGCUCACCCAGACGCAGCAAGGCAGAUAGCGCUGUACCGCGUUGAGAAGUUCCCACAAGCUCAAGCUAAUGUCCGCGACGCGUUCACUUCCAGCUUAAACCAGACAGGCAGAUUCUCACCUGACGGUGCUGUGUAUUCUUGGACAAGUGCACGCUACGGAAAUUGCACUGGCGUCGGACCAUGCUUCGAUUACGAGUAUCACAUCAACGGUGACAUUGGGCUUGAGUUCUACAAUUACUAUGCUGUUACUGGCGACACGAGCUUCUUCCAGAGCCAGCUGUUCCCCAUCUACCAGGCUAUCGCACAGUUCUACAUCGACAUUCUUACAUUGAACCAGACCACCGGAAAGUACCAGCUGCUCAACGGCACGGAUCCGGACGAGUACGCGAACUUCCAGACUGAUAUCGGCUACACAAUGGCCCUGAUACAGACCCACGUCAACACCGCGAACGUACUUCGCCAACGUUUUGGCAUGGAGCCGAACAUGAACUGGAGCUCGAUUGCUUCGCAGAUCAACAUCCCAAUCGAUUACGACGCCAAUCUCAUCCUCGAAUACGCUACGCAGAACAACACCAUCUCCGUGAAACAAGCCGAUGUCAUCCUCGUUGACGACUUCUUAGACUUCCCGAAUCCGUACAGUCUCAGCGACUUGGACUACUAUGCCGGCAAGCAGUCUCUCAACGGUCCGGGCAUGACCUACGGCGUGUUUAGCAUCGUCGCGAACGACGUCAGUCCUUCAGGGUGCUCAUCGUACACGUAUGAUCUCUAUGGCUCCCAGCCGUACACUCGCGGCCCAUGGUUCCAAUUCAGCGAGCAGCUACUUGAUGACUUUACUGCUAAUGGUGGAACGCAUCCAGCGUACCCUUUCUUGACUGGUCAUGGCGGUGCACAUAGAGUUGCUGUAUUCGGCUACCUCGGUCUGCGCCUUAUGCUCGACUCAUUCAACGUCAACCCAUCGCUUCCGCCGCAGAUUCCGCAGCUUGCGUACCGGCAGAUCUACUGGCAAGGGUGGCCGAUAAAGGCUUUCUCGAACCAGACACACACCACAUUGACCAGGCUGCCGACUCCGCUAGCUAGUGCGAACUCCACCUUCGCCAACUCUUUCAUCCCGGUCACUGUCAGUCUGAGUGGCGCAUCGCUGUCUGGAAACACUACGGUGUACCAGCUUCAGCCGAAUGGCACGAUUACUUUGACGAACAGGCAAAUCGGCAACAUCCAAACAGUGCCCGGAAACAUCGCACAAUGCCAGUCUGUAGCAUCGCCACAAGAUUACGAGCCUGGCCAGUUCCCGCUUUCGGCUGUCGACGGCGCGGUCUCGACCAAGUGGCAACCAACACAGUCGAAUAUCAGCGCGUCACUGACCGUAGAGCUUCCGGAACCAUUCGUACCCAUCACAGCCAUCAACUUCGACUGGGCACAGCAACCGCCAGUCAGUUACAGCGUCACAUUCUCGAACAGUUCAGAUGGGUCGUCCGGAUCGGUUAACGUAACCAGCAGCAGUAACAUCACCAUCUCGAGUCAGUACGAUGCAGCUACAGCGUACGUGAUUGUGCCGUACAUGUCGAACUCCACGAAUGUCACCCUCGCUUCGCCGGUGUACAGCGGGCGGUAUGCGACGCUGACGAUCAUGGGUAAUCAAGGCAAUGCUGGCACCCCGAAUGAACUCAAUGGCACGGGUGCGAGCGUGGCUGAAUUUGCGGUCAUUGCUGCGAGUGGCCAGAAUAUGAUGAAGCGGGCGGUGAGAGCAUGGGUAGCGUAG